AUGUUGUUUCGAUUUAUGUUGUUAUUAACAUUUGCCGUAAUUGCGACAACAGCCACCGUUGACAAUGAGACUUUACGCGCGGAAGAGCAAAACUCGAAUAGCACAAGUGGAAUCAAUAAUGAGAAAGGAUUCUGGGAAUGGUUGGCAGAUGUAGUGGCGCCGAAACCAACAGUUCCUCCUCCACAACCAGAAAAAUGUUUAAAAUGCGUUUGCGGUUUGACGAACAAACAUAAUCGUAUUGUCGGAGGCGUCGAAACACUCGUCAAUCAGUAUCCUUGGAUGGCUUUAUUGAUGUAUAGGGGACAAUUUUAUUGCGGUGGUACAGUCAUAAAUUCACGAUACGUGUUGACAGCAGCUCAUUGCAUUGACAGAUUCGAUGAAAGUAAACUGACUGUCCGAAUAUUGGAGCAUAAUAGAAAUUCGACUAGUGAAAGCACAACACAGAAUUUUAAAGUGGAAAAGGCGUUCAAACACAGUGGUUACUCGACUAUUAAUUAUGAUAACGAUAUUGCACUCAUUAAGCUAAGGGAACCUAUCAAGUUCCAGGGUCCGAUGCGACCUGCUUGUCUUCCGGAACAAGGGAAAACCUUUGCUGGUGAAAAAGGUAUAGUGACCGGAUGGGGCGCUAUCAAUGAAGGUGGAUCGGUAUCAAACACUUUGCAAGAAGUUGUUGUUCCCAUUCUUUCAAACGCGGAAUGUCGCGCUACGAAAUAUCCAUCGCGUAAAAUAACAGAUAAUAUGUUGUGUGCGGGUUACAAACAGGGUGGCAAAGAUUCCUGCCAAGUAAACAGUGUUCAUGAAAUAGUUUGCGGUUUGACGAACAAACAUAAUCGUAUUGUCGGAGGCGUCGAAACACUCGUCAAUCAGUAUCCUUGGAUGGCUUUAUUGAUGUAUAGGGGACAAUUUUAUUGCGGUGGUACAGUCAUAAAUUCACGAUACGUGUUGACAGCAGCUCAUUGCAUUGACAGAUUCGAUGAAAGUAAACUGACUGUCCGAAUAUUGGAGCAUAAUAGAAAUUCGACUAGUGAAAGCACAACACAGAAUUUUAAAGUGGAAAAGGCGUUCAAACACAGUGGUUACUCGACUAUUAAUUAUGAUAACGAUAUUGCACUCAUUAAGCUAAGGGAACCUAUCAAGUUCCAGGGUCCGAUGCGACCUGCUUGUCUUCCGGAACAAGGGAAAACCUUUGCUGGUGAAAAAGGUAUAGUGACCGGAUGGGGCGCUAUCAAUGAAGGUGGAUCGGUAUCAAACACUUUGCAAGAAGUUGUUGUUCCCAUUCUUUCAAACGCGGAAUGUCGCGCUACGAAAUAUCCAUCGCGUAAAAUAACAGAUAAUAUGUUGUGUGCGGGUUACAAACAGGGUGGCAAAGAUUCCUGCCAAGGAGACAGCGGUGGUCCGUUGCACGUAGAAAAAGAUGGUAUUUGCCACGUAGCCGGAAUUGUGUCUUGGGGAGAAGGAUGUGCGCAACCCGAAUACCCCGGCGUUUACUGUCGCGUGAAUCGAUAUGUCACAUGGAUUGCACACAACACGAGGGAUGGUUGUUAUUGUUGAUAUGCAACAAUUAAUAUAGACUGCUAUAUUUAUUUCAGUUAAUUUUAUAUUUAUUUGAUAAUGAUGAGAAAUACUCAAGCCAUGGAAACAGUGAAGCGCACAAUGAAACGCGUACAGUUAACUAUUUUUACUAACUAUCAACAUCUUAGAGAGUGUAAUUCAAUUGAAAAUUGGAUAAAUUGUUAGUAAAUUUUUAUAUUAAAACGAUUGAAUCACAUGUGAAACAAUACAUUUUUAUACUGACCGAUUAUAACAUCUAUAUCAUUAUUAGCAACAUUCGUGGUUUGUGUAAUGCGUUCAUGCUAUUAAAAUUGAAAAGUUUAAAAUUGCAUUAAAAUUUAUUGUAUCGUAAGGUA